AUGUCUUAUACUUAUGUCAAUGUCAACUCCUGCUUAUACACCUCCAUCGCCUUACUGACUUUGGCGGUCGUUGCUGUAUUUGCAAGGAUAGCUCUUCGUGCGAGAACGGCCAGGAAGGCUGUCGACAUCGCAUGGGGCAAGCACUUGGAUGAUCUUUUCUGUCUGCUUGCUCUUGUACCGACAAUCGGUGUCUCGGUCGUCUUGAUUUAUGGCGCAAAGAAGGGCAUUGUCGGUAGUCACAACGACCCUACCAACAUCGAGGGCUGGAUCAUGGAGACAACACCCACACUGGUCAUUCUUGAGAAAUUGGUUUACAUCAUCUUCAUCAUGCAGCCCCUUGCCCUAGGCUUGACCAAGCUUGCCUUUCUAUUCUUCUACCGCCGCAUUUUCGUGACAAGCGGUUUCCAAUGGACAUCGCUGGUCUUUAUCAUCCUUACUAUUGGCUUCACACUCGCUUUCUUCUUUGGCUUCGUUUUCGAUUGCCGCCUCAACUUCGCUGCAAACUGGGGAUCCCUUGCGAGUAUCAGCGAGAACUGCCCGCUUGGUUUCCAAGCCACGAUCAUCUUCACCUGCAUCGAUGCAGCGCUGGACUUCUUUAUCCUUAUUCUCCCGCUCCCAUGGAUCUGGCGCCUCCAGAUGCCCACCGUCCGUAAGAUCCAACUUAUCUUCGUCUUCCUCCUCGGUGGCUUUGCCGUCGGCGCCGCCCUCGUCCGCAUGGUAAUCUGCAUCAAGCAAGGCACACCCUCCGACGGCCUGACGAUGGUAACCAUCAUGGGCAUGCCCACCUACGACAUCAUCGGCAUAACCUCCCACGGCCUCUUCUGGACCAUGGUCGAAACCAACAUCGCCCUCAUCGCCUGCUGCCUGCCCACCCUGCGCCCAAUCCUCAGCCUCGCAGCCUUCGGCACCGCGCUCGCAUCUCUGGGCUCUCUACUGCAGGGCCUGGGAUCCGCGCUGGGCUCUACGCGCUCACGCACAACGCAGAACUCCUCCUCUUCAUCCAAGUUCAGCAAGUUCAGCAAGUCGGUGUCGCUGGGAAGUCGGGGCUCCAGCUCCGCGGGCAAGAAGGAAGUGUCGGAGAUUGGGAGUAUGAGCGAGUUCAGCUUAGUCGAGCCGGGCAAGCCCGAAGCGGUGAGGGUGAUAAGAGAGAAGGCGAAGACGCCGGAUCCUUACGAUGUGUAUGAGAUGGACCUGGAUAUGGAGAAGUACGGCAGAAACGAAAGUCACUGUGACGCUGUGUAA